CACGCCUGACGUAGAUUGCGUCACAGGCGGAUCGCCUAUAAAAGAAGGCCGCGCGGAGACCGUGGCCCUUUUCAGGGAUCCGAAGAGCUUGUCGACAUGGCGCCGCAAAAAGACAAACUGAAAAGGACAGCCUGCAAGUAUAACCUUGAUCUUACCCACCCUGUGGAAGAUGGCAUAUUUGACUCGGGAAACUUUGAACAGUUCUUGAAUGAGAGAAUUAAAGUCAAUGGAAAAACAGGAAACCUGGGGAAUGUAGUUCACAUUGAACGCUUUAAAAAUAAGAUCACAGUAACGUCAGAAAAGCAGUUCUCAAAAAGGUACCUUAAAUAUCUCACGAAGAAGUACCUCAAGAAGCACAAUCUUCGUGACUGGUUGCGCGUGGUAGCAUCCGACAAGGAGACCUACGAGCUGCGUUAUUUCCAGAUCAGUCAUGAUGAUGAAGGGUCUGAAGCUGAGGAAUGAAUGAGUUUAUAAAUGGAGCAUCUUGUUCCUGGAUGAAGAGAGUAUAUGCACAAUCAACUAUUUAUGAGCAUGCACUAACUUAUUGCCAAACAGAUCCUGUAUGCUUUUUGAAAUCUCCUGUCACCUCUGAGAUAUAUUUUAAAAAGUGUCAUUAAAUGGCUAUUCUGAGAAAAAAAUCGUUUUAUUUCUGCGG